UGAGAAGUGUUUUGCAAUUGCGUUCCAGAUCAUCAAUUAUCAAUCGAAUUGUUAUUUCCAAGAAAUCAUAUCAGCUGAGCUCAAGCUGUGUUUCCUUGCGAUCACAAAACAGGAAAAACAAGAAAAGCAAGAAACAGCACAGUGACGUGGGGGUCAGUUGUCAGUUUUGAUUGGCUAAGACUAUUUAACGUCAUAGUUCGAUACAACGAUUCUAUUGGUUGGAUAAUGACCUGGGUGUAACGUAAAGGGCAAGGCACAGCCCCAAACCAACCAGACUCAGCUGAUCUACCAACCCAUCAAGACGUCGAAGAAAUUACGGAAAACUUUAAACAAGUUUUAUAAAGAAAUUAAACGCCAUCUGAAGAAGACAAGAGCCAAGUAAGUACAGCACUGCUUGGAAAGCGACGGAUUAAGCAAAGCGGAACAAGAAUCUACCACUCCUACAGACUGAUGAAGACAAGAACCAAGGAAGUUCUGCACUCCUUGGUAAGCGACGGAGGAAGCAAAGCGGAAAGCAAGAAUCUACCACUCCUACAGACUGAUCAAUGUUCACUGAAGAAAACAAGUAAACUAGUUAAAUUAGGAAAAGAGAAAUCGGAGGUCAUUUGCAACAUCUUAUCCAAUGUAUCCAUGUUGAACACUUCAAUAGUCCAUUAAAUAAACAUGGACGAAGAAGAAAGGAACUACUGUUGCCUGGCCUUACUUCUGUUAAGAGUAGGGAAUCCAUGUCUGCGUUGUUUCUUCAAAAGACAGUGGAAUGCUGCAGUAAAAUACAAACCUUGGAGUGACUGUGCUCAGAAUGGAGCUGACUUGCUGCAGAUGUUUAAGCCUCUCCCAUAUGAAAAAAAUGCAGUGAGAUCUGGUGAUACAUUACAAUGGGACAUGUCUCUUUUGGUCAAAACUCUGCUUCAUUCACGGCCAGCAUUUGUUGUAGCAGCUAAUCUGGUAGCAGCCCUUAAAACGUUAAAAGAAAUGCGAGACAAGUUGUGUCACUCUCCAAUUCCAAGGGUUGAAGCUACUGAUUUCCAAACAUCAUGGAGGGAUGGAUGUAAUGCACUGAGCUUGUUCGGCGCUACUGCUGGGGACUUUGAUAAAGUGGAACAAGACGUUCAAAAGCCAUGGAGUGAACUACUUCCGAUGUUGAAACACUGUGCAGACCAAGACAAAGCCAUUCUUGAUACACUGGAUUCAUUUAACAGCAAAUUAGGACGACUGCAACAAGGACAAGUCAGUAUUGCAGGAAGUCAGGCCGAACUGCUACAAGGACAGAAGAAUAGUGCAGAAGGUCAAGCCAAACUGCUACGAGGACAAGACACAAUACUCAAAGAUUUAUCAUCAAUAAAGCAAGACCAAAGAAAAGGUAUUGAAAGUCAUGCAAAAGAAUAUACAGAGAAACUGAAGUCAUCCAUUAAACAACAAACCGAUUUUCUGUUGUCAGAAGAAGAAGACAAGAAUAUUAAAACCGAUGACAUCUUUACGAGUGUGACUAUCCAACGCGGUCCAAAACACUUCGAGGAACCCAAAGAAAAGAGAUUUGGCAGGAAGCAAAUAGAUGAAAUUCAAGCAAGUAGUACAAAACUCGUGAACUGUUCAAAAAUGUUUCUUCGCCCAGAAAAUGAUGAUCAGAAAUCUGCAGCUUCUUGCACGACCAAUCCUAAAUCUAUCUUGUUGACGGGCAAAGCAGGAAUUGGAAAAUCCCUUUUUUGUCGGAAGCUGGCACGGGAUUGGUCGCAUAACCGAUUGUUUGAGGAAAGUCAAGAAAAUGCCAAAGUACCUGAUUUUCAGUUUGUGUUCCUGUUGACAUUCUGUCAACUUCAAGAAGAAGAAAAAAAAGUGGUUGACUUACGUGAUAUCUUAAAUCAGUCCUCCCUACUGAAGGAGCACUUGGUGAUAGACGAGUCAUUACUGCAGUACAUGAUUGACAAUCCUGAGAAGCUGCUCAUCAUCCUCGAUGGUUAUGAUGAGUAUAAACAUCGAGAGAAAAUCACCGAGGACUUUGAGACAAGAUACCCAAACGACCCUCAUGAAAAAAUACCUGUUCCUGCUCUGAUUGCCAAAAUGAUGAAAAGAAAAAUGUUAAAUGGUGCAGUACUGCUUUUAUCCUCGAGACCUGGCGAAGCAGAGGAAUUUUAAAAAAAUGUCUUUGAUGUGAGAUGUGACAUUCAAGGAUUUUCUUCACUUCAAGUGCUAGAAUACAUCGAAAAAUAUUUCAAAGAGAACGAAA